UGUAGUUCCUUUUUUUUCUAUCUUGUUUGUUUGAUAAGCACAUUGUUUGAAUAAAUAGGUGCCGAAUGUAUUGUAUAGAUGCCAUAACUCUAUUCUCUAAUCGAUUUAUACCCAUAAUUAACUUUCUUUUCAACGCCGUGACAAUUAAAACAGCAAUAAGACAAGCAAUGGGCAGACACAUUUAACGAAUUGGAACGUGGCCCAACCGCGCCACUGUUUGAAAACUCCGACUUGGUGUACCCGUUUUGUACUGUUUAAUAGUACCGAUUUCUACACAUUUCAGUCUGUUAAAACAGUAUAAAUCUAUUUGGGAGUAGUUAUGGGUGUUCACGAUUUAUGGUCUAUCGUCGAGCCGGUGCGUGAAUCGGUGCCGCUGUACAGCUUGAGCGGAAAGACAUUGGCUGUUGACCUCAGUUUAUGGGUGUGCGAGGCUCAGCAUGUCCAAGCAAUGAUGGGGAGAGUUACUAAGCCACAUCUGAGGAAUUUAUUUUUCAGGGUGUCAGCCCUCACACUGAUGGGAGUAAAGCUCGUCUUUGUUAUGGAAGGAGAAGCACCUAAACUUAAAGCAGAAACCAUAAGUAAGAGGACAGAAACAAGAUUUGGAGGAUUCAAAAAGGCUGCUGCCCCCAAAUGCACAACAAAUACAAACAGAGGGCGCUUUAAAGCUGUGCUUAGAGAGUGCGCAGAGAUGUUGGACUACCUGGGUGUCCCGUGGGUAACAGCUGCUGGAGAGGCUGAGGCGAUGUGUGCUUAUUUGGACUCUCAGGGCCUGGUGGACGGCUGUAUCACCAAUGAUGGAGAUGCAUUCCUGUAUGGAGCCAGAACUGUCUACAGGAACUUCAAUAUGAACAGUAAAGACCCUCAGGUGGACUGUUACUGCACAUCUCGAAUACAAACAGAGUUACAUCUGCCCAGAGAGAACCUUGUUGGUCUGGCCAUCCUCCUUGGUUGUGAUUAUAUUCCUAAGGGCAUACCAGGUGUUGGUAAAGAGCAAACUCUAAAACUUAUCCAGAUGCUGAAAGGACAAACCCUUCUGCAGAGGUUCAUCCAAUGGAAAGAAGAUAAUGCAGCUGUAUCCGAGGAAGCUGUAAAAAGGGUUCCUCACUGUCAUGUUUGUCGACAUCCUGGCUCAGCAAGAGCACAUGAGCAUGGUGGUUGUGUGCUUUGCAACAGUAUACAUUUCUGUCAACCUCAAGACUUUGAUCAUCAGUGUCCAUGUGACUGGCAUCACUAUGAGAAGACCCGCCAGGCCUUGUCUUUUGAGGCAAAUAUCAGGAAGAAAACACUCGCAAGUCAACAGUUCCCUUUUACAGAGAUUAUCAGUGAGUUUCUGAUCGCCAAGGAUAAGCCUGUAUCUCAUUUCAAGAGGAGACAGCCAAAUUUGCUUUUGAUGCAGAAAUUUGCCUAUGACAAGAUGGAGUGGCCGAAACACUACACCAGUGAAAAGGUUUUAGUCCUGAUGACCUACACAGAGUUGAUGAACAGGAAAUAUGGAAGCGAAAUGUCCUCCCAAAUCAAGCCCCUCCGAAUAUUGAAGCCAAGAGUGAGGAAUGGCGUUGCUUGCUUUGAAGUCAUCUGGAGCGCCCCGGUACAUUACACGUUUCAUGAGGAUCAGCUUGCAGACAAUCAGCAGGAGGUGAGGACUGUGGAGGAAGAGUCUCUCUUCCGUGUGGCCUUCCCAGAGCUGGUGGAAAGCUACCUGAGAGAUAAAACUCUGGCUGAAGAGAACAAGAACAAAAAGAAGAAAUCGAAGAGAAACCAGGAGAAGCCAUCUGAUAUAUCUGAUGGUAUUUCAGACCUCUUGGCUCAGAUGACCGUUCAAAGUUCCUCUUCUGCCAAAGCUACUGCUCAGCCACAAACACAGCUCCCUACAAUUUCAGACGCAGGAAAACUAGAAGUGGUGGUUUUGGAAACUCCAGUGAACCAUAAACAACACUGGAAGGCAAAAGAAGACCAUAGCAAGCUGGGUGAUUGCCCCAGCACUCCUUUGUCUCAUGCAGAAUCAGAGGCUGUUGCCUCACCAUCUGUCUCUGCUGUUAUUGAUGCUCUUCAACUCAGUGAUAUUGACUGGGAGGCUUUGUCCUUCACAUCCUCUCCACCUCCACAAACAGCAACAAACCACACCACAGAUCCCAGGCUAAGUCAAACCACAGACAGUGAUGUCAAGAGUGAAAACACCAUGCAGAAAACCUCAAAUGAUGCCAAACAACCAGUCACCAGAUCUGCUCCACAGCUGUGUUACACAGAGUGUCCGCUAAGAGACAGGGUGCUCAUGAGGUACACAAUUAAUGCUCUAAGCCAGAGGAAGGUAGACAGUGAUUUAGGGUCAAAACAACCUAACAAUGAGUUAGCCUCUCUUAGACACAUUUCUACUUGCACGUCAGAAUCAAAACCAAAUAGACAGAUCUCCAUUGAGGGUAGCGAUGUCAAUAAAGUGACAGGGAAGGACUCUGGUGUAAACAAAAAAGAAGCACACAAGAGCCAACAUGGAACUCUUAAAGCAAAAACUGAAAAUAAAACAUCUAAACAACCAAAAAUGCAAACCAUACAGGAUAAGUGCCAGGCAAAACCCCAAAAGCCUCUUCAGAAACAUAGAUUUUUUAGAGCAUCUGCUGUCCCACGACAGAGGCUCCAUGAUGAGGACAGUGAUGUGCUGCAGACCACCAAGAAGAGUGUUUGUCUGAGCGUGUGUUCAUCUAGUGAUGACAGUGACACAGAGAACCAGAGGUUUGGACCUCAAAGAAAGGCUAAUGUCAAACACAUAAGCAAGCCCAAGGGCAGCUUCACUACAGCCUCCCCCUUGAAACUGAUGUCUGGAUCUAAAACUGCCAAAACAACAAUGAAACCAACUAAUUGCAUUGAGCAUUUAGAACUAAUCUCUCAGAAACACAGUGUAGAUGUUGACAUAAACAGCACGCCUUCAUCCACUCAAAGCAAAUGCCAGGAUGUCUCACUAGCUGUUGUGGAUGGUGACUUGUUCCUUCAGAGUCCAGCAUCACCUGUCACUGUGUUUGAUAGCGAUGAUUCAGUGAUUUGCAAUGAGAGUCCACUGCCACUGGCAGAGAGACUGAAACUGAAAUUCCUGAAGUGAGCAGCACUUGUAAAAUAUAAAACUAUUUUAUGCUAAACGUGAACAUUUAUUCUCAAUCUUAGAAAUAGUAGUUUAACAACAAAAUAUUAAUUCAAGGUCCCUUUAGUGGCAUUUUAAAGUAGAGACAGCAAUUAGCUGAUCGGUGAGCAGACAGAAAAUUAAUCAGCAACUUUUAUUUACCAUAUCAAGUCAUUUUUCAAGCAACUAUGUCAAAGUUUUGAUGGUUCAGCUUCACAGAUAUGAGAAUUUGCAGCUUUUCUAGUCUUAAUAAAGUCAAUAUUUUUUUUAUUGUGUGCUGAUAUUUUAUAUAC